AUGAGGCUGCAGCGUUCAGAGACGCUCUCAGGGAAAGUCCCCGCGGGAUGCCGGAGGCCGAGCGCGCCCGCCCCGGAGCCGCACGAGCUGCGCGCGCUGGCGCGGCACCCGCAGAUGGCCUCGCUGGAGGUCCGCGCCGCCGCGGGCGCAGCGACGCUCCGCCGCGGCGAGGUCAAGGUGCAGGUUCCGCUGCCCGACCUGCGUGACAGGAUGCGGGCCUGGGGCUGGGAGGGGCAGAACUGCAACCGGCCCGUCCUCCUCUUCGGGGACAGCCAGGCCGAGGUCCAGAGCGUCCACAGCCCGGGCGGACGGGGUUCACCGCCGUGUGCAACGCGCGCACCAAGGCGGCGGUGGUGGCCGCCCUGA